CAUCGAUCUCAUCGAACGAAAAAAAUCAUCAUCCGUGCCUGCACACCGUAUUUCCUUUUCCACUUCUCCACCACCGCCACAUAAUCUUCUCUUCUCUGCAGAAAAUGGCGACAGCUCUUUCUAACUCCUUGCUCCUCUCCAAAACCACUUCUCUCCAUUUCUCCUCUGGCUCUUGUCUAAACUCAAUAGAGCAAAGUGUAUGCCCCACCAAGGUGUGCUUCAAUCGUAGGCAUGCUAGAAACCCAUCCACAUCUCGAAGCUCAUUUGCUAUUCAAGCACAAUACAGUGAUGAUGGAAGGUCAAGCAGCGCUGGCAUAUUUGUUGGUGGUUUCGUUCUAGGAGGAUUAGUUGUCGGUGCACUUGGUUGUGUGUUUGCACCUGAGAUCAGCAAGGCUUUAGCUGGAGCCGAUAGGAAAGACCUCAUGAGGAAACUGCCCAAAUUCUUAUAUGACGAAGAAAAAGUCCUGGAGAAACAACGCAAGAUACUUGCAGAGAAGAUCGAGCAGCUUAACUCUGCCAUAGAUGAUAUUUCUGCUCAGUUGAGGUCUGAAGACAACCCAAAUGGAGCAGCUGUGAACACUGAUGAAGUUGAAUCUGCUGUAUAAGAAAGCAUAUACCGGUUUCGCAUUAAGAAGCUAAUGCCAUACUUUUUUAGAAGAUUUAAGGGCAUUGUGAAAAUGUUCCUGUUUGUGCUUAUAGUGUCAUUGGUAAUCACUAUCUGAUGAAUUCUAAAUUUCUGAAUAAAAUGUGAAUUUUUGUAUCCUCA